AUGGCCGGUAGAGGCGAUUUGUCCCUGCCGCCUCUCUACAUGGACUUGUCUCCACCUCCCGGCCAAGUGCACGACGAGCUGCACGACGAGCUGCUUGACAUGCAGGCCCUUGUUGCCAACACUGCCGACUUCCGUCUAGAGAAUCCGAUGGACAACUUCCAACUCCACGAGCUGAGCCAUGAGGCGGGCUUGAAAGAGAUCGAUCAUUUCUUCGAUCCUUCGCCGCCGCCAUCGUCCACCAAAGGUAAGUUGCCCGCCGUAGAUGCACAUCCAGCAGCAGCAGCAGCAGGGUCAGGAGAGGCAGAUGAGACUGUUCAGGAGGAUGUUGAAAUGGGCGACGAUGACGACAAUGAAUCUCCCGGCUUGAUGGAAGACAUCGAGCAGCUUUCUAAUGUAGCACCGCCAAUUCAAGGCAAGCAACUGCCGGCGACGAGUGCCCUCGAAGGCGAGUCCACGGCUGCUGGCUCUCCCGCCGCUCAGACACCACGGCGCCUUGCUUCUGCCGUCUUCCAACAGUCGCCACCUUCCAAUGCGCAACUCACACCCACAGUGGACAUGCUCGAGGCUGCGGACCACUCCCGGGUCUCUCCACUACCACCUUCCAGCGGCAAUAGAUCGCAGCUUCAAGACGAAAUGCGCGAGGAAGAGCGCGAGUCAUCUGAAACUCCUCAGACGCCAUUCAACGCGAGCCUGAAGGAGCGCCUUCGUAGCGUCACGCGGUCAGUGGCCCACCCGGCUUCAGGUGUUGCUGUGGAGCGCGAGCAGCCCAGUGCCCAUUGCUCCAGCGGCAAACAGAAGGCAGGGACACGUGUUGGUGAGCCUGCGGCGGCUUCCGACCACAUCGACUUCCAGCAUGAUCAAGGAGCAGAAGACGAGAGCGUGACAGGAGAUGAUCCACAAGGCCCACAAGGUCAGAAGCGUCCAAGAAUGUCGAUUUCUCCCGCGAGAUCCGCAGAAGACGUGGCACCUAGCCCAAGCAAGCCUUUGGCAAAGAAGGCAAAACUUGCUGACGACAACUCCCAACGCGUACUCGCGCCACAGAACAACGGCGAUGUCCAAGUGCGUGAGCUCCGGAACCGCACCGUCACACUUGAGGACAACUCAGGAUCCACGGUCAAAGCGCGUCGUUCGACGGGAGCAGCGGAGAGUGAUGCUGGAGACACUGUUACGCGUGCACAAGAUGCAACUGCCUCUCCUGCUGCCACCACGCAAGCAAAUACAGAGCCUGCAGCAACGACAGGAGACAGCAGCGACUCGUCUCUUACCGAUCUGUCAAUGGAGUCGUCCACGCACCAGCCAUCAUCGCCAAUGGACACCACCACGGCAGCUCAGAGCACUGCUCCAGCUGCAGAUCCUAAGCUUGACCAUGAUACCAGCAUGGUGGACAGCAAGGACGAAGAAGAUGCCACUGACUCGGCAAUGCCCGACGCGCCCCAAUCCGAGGAAACCAGCAAGACCAAGGAAGCGGACAAGAUGACCGAAUCCACCGACCAACACCCAUCUGACACCGAGCCUGACGUCCCAAAACCAAAGCCAUCCAAGAAGAAAGCCGCAGCGAAGCGCAAAUCCGCCAAACAGUCCAGACCCGCGGCUACCCAAUCUGCCGAAUCCACCCCCAAAAACAGAGCUCCCUCUGCGAAGUCCACACCCACCAAGUCUACCCCAGCAAACACCAAGACCCGUCGGAAUAAGACCCUGACUUCUCUCGUGGGAGACUCGGUUCUCAAUAAGAAGAUCGCCCCGAGUCCCGCGAGCGCCAACCCGAGUCCACGCAAGACCCGGGGACAGCGCAAGGCGGACGACGAAGCAGUCCCCGGCGCUCGCACUGCUGCUGCCGCGAAGCGGAGACAUUCGGAAGGAGCCAAAUGA